UCUUUAACCUCUCUCUCUCUCUCUCUCUCUGCGCGCAUCGCCACAUUCACAUCAUAUAAAUGAACCAAUUAAGAUGCUGAUACCCAUCUUCAAUUGAACUGCAUUGCAUUUUAGAGUAACUUUUCCCUCUCACCACUUAUACGUUCAUUUCGCCGUACAUUUUGGAGGGAGAUAGGCACGUUAAUUACCUUGGAAAAAGUUUCAUCAUCACGCGGACGCAGACAAAGAGAGAGAAUGAGUUCAUUCUCAGGUCAGAGCGGUGGCCAUGAUCUUUCUUUCAAGAUCUUGUUGAUCGGCGAUUCCGGCGUGGGAAAAAGUAGUCUCCUCCUCAGCUUCAUUUCCAGCUCCGUUGAGGAUCUUUCGCCCACCAUUGGUGUUGAUUUCAAGAUCAAGGUGUUCACAGUGGGUGGGAAGAGAUUGAAACUGACGAUUUGGGAUACUGCUGGGCAGGAAAAGUUCAGAACGCUAACAAGUUCUUACUAUAGAGGAGCGCACGGAAUUGUUCUUGUUUACGAUGUCACAAGGAGAGAUACCUUCACAAACUUGUCAGAAGUAUGGUCUAAGGAACUGGAACUCUAUUCAACCAACCAGGAUUGCAUGAAAAUGCUAGUCGGAAAUAAGGUUGAUAGGGAUUCUGAAAGGGUAGUCAGUAGGGAAGAAGGCUUAGCUCUUGCCAAAGAGUUGGGGAGUUCGUUUCUUGAAUGCAGUGCUAAAACUCGAGAAAAGGUAGAUAAAUGCUUUGAAGAACUUGCUCUAAAGAUUAUGGAAGUUCCUAGCCUUCUUGAAGAAGGAUCAACCGUAAAAAGGAAUAUAUUAAAGCAGAAACUGGAACCCCAAGCACAGCAACAUGGUGGAUGUUGCUCUUAAAAUGCAGCAAUGUGGACAUUUGAGACAUGACAAGCGCUCCUUGGACAUGUGAUUGUAUAUGUAAGCUUCUUCUCUAGCCUCUUACCGUUUCCAUUGUCUUUCAGUUGCUCUAUUCUUGUACUACCGCAAUGUGGAAAUUGACACUCAAACUACGGUUGUUUUCCUGGUGUAAAUUUGUUUGCUCUUUCGUUCGUUGUUCGUAGCCUAAUAUUUUGUCCAGAUCAGUAAAGCCAAUGCCAAUACGAUUGAUCUAUCAGUUUCGAUGUCACUCUCAAGUUCAGAGUU